ACCAACUUCUAUUUCAUGCUCUACUCCUUCAUACUGCCACUCCCAUACUUCAUGUUUCACACAACUUCACAGCUGCCACCCUUUUUACAAGUUACUUGUUCCAACAAAGCUGGCAACUACACCAAAAACACCACUUUCAAGAAAAAUCUCGACACCGUACUUCUCUCCAUCUCUUCCAAAACCAGCUACAUCGAUUAUGGUUACUACAACGGAACUUCAGGCCAAGACCCGGACCGAGCCACGGCUUUAGCGCUCUGCCGUGGAGGUGUUGAGUUGGAACAAUGUAGAAGGUGUGUGUAUAACUCAACGCUGAGGAUUACUCAAGAUUGUCCAAACCAGAAAGAGGCAGAAGGAUUGUACCAGGAUUGUCAAAUUCGUUACUCAAACAACUCUAUUUACGGGGUGAAAGACAACAGUGUGCAGUUGUUUUUAUUCAACCUUGUAAAAGUGGAAGACUGGGUUGGGUUCAAUGAGGCGCUGAGAAGUUUGUUUGAUCGGUUGAAAAUGGAAGCUUCGUCAGGGAGUUCGAUUCAAAAGUCAGCUUGGGGAGGGGAGAAGGUUCGAAGUCCGAGUAUGGAUACCGUAUAUGGAUUGGUUGAUUGUUUUCCUGAUUUGUCUUAUUUGGACUGUUUUGAUUGCCUCAAUCAGCUUCAAGCUUCUCUUCCUAGUUGUUGUAAUGCCAGCAUAGGGGUCAGAUUAGCUGCAACUAGUUGUCAACUCGCUUAUGAGCUCCAUCCCGUCUAUGCUCCGCUUCCGCCUCCACCUUCCCCUCUGCCUCUGCUUAUGUGGCCUCCACCUUCGCCUCCAUCUCCUUCCCCCGCACAUGAAAAUAAUUACGACAAUAGUGGUAGAAGUAGAACUACUUUUGUAAUUAUUAUGGUGACCAUCGUUUCGGCUGCUGUCAUUCUUCUUGUUACCAUUUUGAUACUGAUAAAGAAAAAACGCAAAAGACCAUCGGACAAUUUCCAGGAUAUAUCUGAUGGAGGCACCAGUAAUGAAAUAAUUAGCAUUGUGGAGAUGAUUCAAUUUGAUUUUGAUAGCAUUAAGGUCGCAACAAAUGAGUUUGCAAGUGAAAACAAGCUUGGACAGGGUGGAUUUGGAGUUGGUAAGCUAGCUGAUGGACGAGCUAUAGCUGUGAAGAGGCUUGCGAAUAAUUCACAACAAGGGGAUGUUGAAUUCAAAAACGAAGUUCUUUUAAUGCUAAAGCUUCAACAUCGAAACUUAGUUAGGCUAUUGGGAUUCUGUUUGCAAGGGAGUGAACGACUUCUUAUAUAUGAGUUUAUACCAAAUGGCAGCCUUGACCACUUUAUAUUUGAUUUUGCAAAGCGGACAUUAUUAGAUUGGGAAGCACGUUGCAAGAUCAUAAACGGCAUUGCGCGAGGACUUGUUUACCUUCAUGAAGAUUCUCAACAUCGAAUCAUACAUCGUGAUCUUAAAGCUAGCAAUAUUUUGUUGGAUUUAGAUAUGAAUUCAAAGAUUUCAGAUUUUGGUAUGGCAAGAUUGUUUGAAGUAGACCAGACUCAAGGAAAUACGAAUAAAGUUGUGGGAACUUAUGGCUACAUGGCUCCAGAGUAUGUAAUACAUGGACGGUUCUCAGUAAAAACAGAUGUGUAUAGUUUCGGUAUUUUAGUGCUUGAGAUUUUGAGUGGUCAAAAAAACAACUCUUUUCACAAUGAAGAACUUUCGGAAGAUCUCUCCGGCUUUGCAUGGACAAAUUGGAUGGCAGGAACACUUUCAAAUGUCAUAGAUUCAACACUCACAGUUGGUUCAAGAAUUGAGAUGAUAAGAUGCAUUCAUAUUGGACUAUUGUGUGUUCAAGAAAAUGUAACAAACCGACCAACAAUGACUACAGUAGUUAUGAUGUUGAGUACUUCUUCUCUCACUCUCCCCAUGCCCUCUAAACCAGCAUUCUUUUUGCAUAGUUCUACAAAUAGAUAUAACAACACACUACUGUUAAGACCUGACGAUGGAGCUAAUUGUGAAAAUGCAUUUGUUCAACUUUCAAAGAAUAACAUUUCAAUUACGGAGGUGCAUCCUCGUUAGAUGAUAUAGUUAUCUCAUCUAUGAUUGUAAAAUGUGAAGUAUAUGAUAUUUUAACAAUUGUUUUUUUUUUUAA